AUGGAAUCGAUUUUAGAUUUUUCCAAAGAGUUAGACAUAUCAGUUUUGGACCAGGUCGUUGACACUUUUUACAAGGGUUCAGGUGUACAGCAGAAACAGGCGCAAUAUGUGUUAACCAAGUUUCAAGAAUAUCCUGAUGCAUGGCAACGUGCCGAUCAAAUUUUACAAUUCUCACAAAAUCCACAGACGAAAUUCAUUGGAUUAUCCAUUUUAGAUAGAUUAAUCACCAGAAAAUGGAAGCUUUUACCACAGGAACAGCGUGUGGGUAUUAGAAACUUUGUGGUGGGGAUGAUCAUUUCCAUAUGUCAAGACGAUUCACUUUUCCAUACUCAAAAGAAUUUGAUCAACAAGUCAGAUUUAACUUUAGUCCAAAUUUUAAAGCAAGAAUGGCCACAGAACUGGCCUGAUUUUAUUCCUGAAUUAAUUGGGUCUUCAACUUCGUCGAUAAAUGUUUGUGAAAACAAUAUGGUAAUUUUGAAAUUGUUGUCGGAGGAAGUUUUCGAUUUUUCAGCUGAACAAAUGACGCAGGCAAAAUCUUUACAUUUGAAGACUUCGAUGUCAAAGGAAUUCGAACAAAUUUUCAAGUUUUGUUAUGAGGUUCUAGAACAAGGUUCAUCGCCGUCUUUGGUAGUCUCAGCAUUAGAAUCACUAUUAAGAUAUUUGCAUUGGAUUCCAUAUCGUUACAUCUAUGAGAGUAACAUUUUAGUGCUUUUGAGUACGAAAUUUUUAAUGUCUCCAGACACAAGGGCUAUAACGUUAAAAUGUUUAACUGAAGUUUCCAGUUUACAAAUUCCCGCUGAUAAUAACGCUAUUAAGGCCCAAACGGUUCUUUUUUUCCAAAACACACUUCAACAGAUUGCAUCAGGUGUAGUCCCCAUCUCUGCUGAUUUGAGAGCUACCUAUUCGACGGCAAGUGGUACAGAUCAAUCAUUUUUACAAGAUUUGGCAAUGUUUUUAACGACCUAUCUGACUCAUCACAGACAGCUAUUGGAAGAUGCAUCUGUGGAGGAUCCAAACUUGAAAGUUUUACUACUAAACGCACACCAAUAUUUGAUUCAGCUAUCAAAGAUUGAAGAAAGAGAAUUGUUCAAAACCACAUUAGAUUAUUGGAAUAAUUUAGUGGCAAGUCUAUUUCAAGAAGUGCAAAAAUUACCAAUCAGUGAAUUGAACCCAUUGAUGCAAUUGUCAAUAGGAUCACAAGCGAUUAACAGUAAUAGUGGUGCAUUGAAUCCUGAAUUUUUGAAAAGAUUCCCACUAAAGAAACACAUCUAUGACGAUAUUUGUUCACAAUUAAGAUGGGUUAUCAUUGAAAAUAUGGUUAGACCUGAAGAAGUUUUAGUUGUUGAAAAUGAUGAAGGUGAGAUUGUCAGAGAAUUUGUAAAGGAAUCUGACACCAUUCAACUGUACAAGUCAGAAAGAGAGGUAUUAGUUUAUUUGACCCAUUUAGAUGUUAUUGACACUGAGGAAAUUAUGAUUAGUAAACUUGCACGUCAAAUUGAUGGAUCUGAAUGGUCUUGGCAUAACAUUAACACUUUGUGUUGGGCUAUUGGUUCCAUCUCAGGUACUAUGAAUGAAGAGACUGAAAAGAGAUUUGUCGUUACAGUGAUUAAGGAUUUGCUUGCUCUUACUGAAAAGAAAAGAGGUAAGGAUAACAAAGCUGUGGUUGCAUCAAACAUCAUGUAUGUGGUUGGUCAAUAUCCAAGAUUUUUAAAGGCACAUUGGAAUUUCCUACGUACAGUGGUUCUUAAGUUGUUUGAAUUCAUGCAUGAAACACAUGAAGGUGUUCAAGAUAUGGCUUGUGAUACUUUUAUCAAAAUUGUUCAAAAAUGUAAAUACCAUUUUGUCAUUCAACAACCAAGAGAAACUGAGCCAUUCAUCCAAACAAUCAUUAAGGACAUUCAAGAAACGACAGCCGAUUUACAACCACAACAGGUUCACACAUUUUACAAAGCAUGUGGGUUAAUUGUAAGUGAAGAAAGGAAUGAACCAGAAAGGGUUCGUCUCCUAGCUGAUCUCAUGCAAUUACCUAAUAUGGCUUGGGAUGCUAUCGUACAGCAGUCUUCCGCCAAUCCUGAUCUAUUACUUGAUCCUGAAACCGUUAAAAUUAUAGCUAAUAUCAUCAAGACUAAUGUUGCAGUUUGUGCAUCUAUGGGGCCAGAUUUUUACUCUCAAUUGGGGUAUAUUUACUACAACAUGCUACAAUUGUACAGAGCCGUUUCAUCCAUGAUUUCUGUUCAAGUUGCAAAGGACGGAUUAAUUGCUACAAAGACCCCCAAAGUACGUGGAUUAAGAACUAUUAAGAAGGAGAUUUUGAAAUUGGUUGAAAUCUAUACCGCUAAAUCCAAGAAUUUGGAUGAAGUCGUUAAAGUGCUAGUGGAACCACUAUUAAAUGCGGUUUUAGAGGAUUAUAUGAAUAAUGUUCCUGACGCAAGAGAUGCUGAAGUAUUAAACUGUAUGACAACUGUCGUUCAUAAAGUGGGGCACAUGAUUCCUCAGGGUGUUAUUCUCAUAUUGCAAAGUGUGUUUGAAUGCACUUUGGAUAUGAUUAAUAACGAUUUCACAGAAUAUCCAGAACAUCGUGUUGAAUUCUACAGAUUGUUAAGAGCCAUCAAUGAAAAAUCAUUCGGUGCCUUAUUAGAAUUACCACCAGCUGCCUUUAAAUUAUUUGUGGAUUCCAUCUGUUGGGCUUUCAAACAUAACGAUAGAGACGUGGAAGUUAACGGUCUACAAAUUGCACUUGAUCUAUUGAAAAACAUAGAACAGUUGAACAACACUCAGUUUGCAGUUGCCUUUUAUUCAAAUUUCUAUUUUGUCUUUGUUAGCGAAACGUUUUACGUUCUUACUGAUUCCGAUCAUAAAUCCGGGUUCUCUAAACAAUCGCUACUGUUAAUGAGACUAAUUGCAUUGGUAGAAGAAAAUAAAAUUACCGUCCCCAUCUACCAAGAAGGUUCUGCACCUCAAGGUACAUCAAAUCAAGUUUAUCUGAAUGAAUAUUUGGCUAGUAUGUUAGCUAACGCAUUCCCACAUUUGGCUAGAGAACAGAUCGUUAAUUUCUUGACGGCUUUGACAAGUCAAUAUAGGGAUCCAAUUAAAUUUAACGGUACGUUAAGAGACUUUUUGGUUCAAAUUAAAGAAAUUGGUGGUGAUCCAACCGAUUACCUGUUUGCUGAAGAUAAGGAAAAGGCACUUUCGGAACAACAAAAAAUGGACAGAGAAAGAGCCGCCAAAGUUGGUGGUUUGUUAAAACCUUCUGAAUUGGAUGACGAAUAA